GGCAACUUUUCCUUUGCACAGGUUUUGAUAAAUCUCCCCCUACGUGAUUCAGAAUCUUCUAUACAAUGUCCUUACAAAUAACAUGUCUUGUUUAAUAGUCACUGACCAACCAUGAGAGGUUACUACAGUGUCAAAGGUCGGGUAAGCAUGAAUGACUUUUCAUCACAUCAAUAUGACCAAUACGGAUCAAUUGUCUCAAAUUGAUACCAGAGAAUCUGCCCAACAAAAAGGCCAAAUCAUCUUCUCCUCGUGGCAAUAUUUCUCAAAGAAUUAUUACGCUAUACUGACCGUGGUGGGUAACAUCACCGUUCUUGCUACAGCAGUGAAAUGUUCUUCCCACCUCAAGUCUCCAGAUCUCCUGUCUAUAAACUUAGCCAUCACGGACUUGGGCAUGGCAGUGAGCAUGUACCCCCUGGCCAUCGCCUCUGCAUGGAAUCACGCAUGGAUCGGAGGGGAUCCUACCUGCCUGUAUUAUGCCCUCAUGGGAUUCUUUUUUGGAGUAGCAAGUAUGAUGACAUUGACAGCGAUGGCGCUGCUCCGAUAUGUAGUGGCCAGCACGACCACAGCCAACCGCAAUACAGUAAAGAAGCCGGCCAUAUACGUUGUGAUCAUAUGCAUCUGGCUCUACGCAUUGCUCUGGGCAAUACUGCCAUUGGUGGGAUGGGGUCACUACGGCCCAGAACCAUUCGGUAUUUCUUGCACCAUCGCCUGGGCGGAUUUCCAGAUGUCCAGCAAUGGAUUCUCGUUCAUCCUCAGCAUGUUUAUCCUGUGCACCAUUACCCCGGCUAUCACAAUCAUCACUUGCUAUUCCACCAUAGCCUGGAAACUUCACAAAGCCUACCAAGAAAUACAGCACUAUGACAAAAUGCCGAAUGCAGCCAGAGUGGAGAAAAAGCUAACGCUGAUGGCGGUACUGGUGAGCUUUGGAUUUCUGGUCUCGUGGACUCCCUAUGCAAUUGUCAGCUUCUGGUCCAUGUUCCACUCCAGUGGUAGCAUACCCCCCACUGUCUCUUUACUCCCUUGCCUCUUCGCCAAGUCAUCCACGGCCUUCAACCCCAUCAUCUAUUACGCGUUCAGCAAAACCUUCCGGCAAAAAGUGAAACAGCUCAAGUGUUGCUGCGGCUGGAGGAUCCAUUUCUUACAACCGGAAACCUCAGGUGAAAAUCCGGCCGUGUCCGUCAUCUGGACGGGUAGGGACAACAUUCAGGUCUCUUCGCUUCUUAAAAUGAACAAGGGACAGUCCAGCUCAAUGAUGACCCAAUGAGAGACACUGACAUGAUCAUCUUCACCGAGCGGUGGCAGCCAACAUGUGACCUGAAUCAAUACUGCCCAUUGGUGGACAAUGGGGACACCACCAAGGACCUCUUUCCUCAUGGACACCUGUUGUCUCGUAAUUGUACAAAUGGCCUACAAAUGGCAGCCUCCUCCAUGUGUUGGGUAAUAGGAUAAAUUUUAGGGCAUUUGUCAAUAAGAUGGAACCCAUGAGUACACCAACAAGAUGUCCUUGGCGGUCAUGGUGCAGUGGUCUCCGAACUGCAG